UUCUUCCGCACGUGCCAACCAUUCUACAUAGCCUUAUAAACCCAUCUCGCACGUGACACCAAAACAUCCUCUGUCUCUCUCUCCGAAUGUCUAUUACAGUAUCACCUGACCUCCCCCUUUUUCUCCUCUCGAACCCGUCCUCCGAUCCGCCGAUUUGUUGGUUUCCCGGCAACGCUUUCCGGAAUCGGCGGCGUUAGUCUUUUCUCAUCUGAUCGAUAAGGUUCGCAACGGAGAUGGAGUCCAUCUUGGCCCGAGCUCUAGAAUACACGCUCAAGUAUUGGCUGAAAUCGUUCAGCAGAGAUCAGUUCAAAUUGCAGGGGCGCACCGCACAGCUGUCUAAUUUAGAUAUAAACGGAGAUGCGUUGCAUGCUAGUGUGGGAUUACCGCCGGCGCUGAAUGUGACCACAGCCAAAGUUGGCAAAUUGGAGAUUAUUCUUCCUUCGGUGAGCAAUGUACAAGUAGAACCAAUUGUGGUGCAAAUCGAUAGGCUUGACCUUGUGUUGGAGGAAAAUGAUGAUGUAGAUGCAUCUAACAACUCAAGCAGUACUCCUUCCUCAGUAAGUACGGGCAAGGGUAGCGGGUAUGGAUUUGCAGACAAGCAAUUUCUAGAAUUCGACAACUAUGAGCUGUAUAAUAAUAUAUACGACCAUGAUUUUAUCUGUAUCUAUCAGAUUGCAGAUGGAAUGACAUUACAAGUUCAGACUGUGAAUCUCUUACUUGAAACUCAUGGCGGAGCUCGACAAAGAGGAGAAUCAAGUUGGGCAUCACCUAUGGCUUCCAUCACUAUUCGUAAUCUUCUUCUCUAUACAACAAAUGAAAGCUGGGAGGUAGUGAAUCUUAAGGAAGCCAGGGAUUUUUCAAGUGACAAGAACUUCAUCUAUGUCUUCAAAAAACUUGAGUGGGAACAUUUGUCUAUUGACCUUCUGCCUCAUCCAGAUAUGUUCUCGGAUGUAAACUUUUCCAAGUUUGAGGAAGGGGGUAAUAGAAAAGAUGAAGAUGGUGCAAAACGAGCUUUCUUUGGAGGGGAGCGGUUCAUUGAGGGGAUCUCAGGAGACGCCUAUCGUUCUGCAGAAGCAGCUGGUCGUUCAUUAGUCUCUAUAAUUGUGGAUCACAUAUUUCUGUGCAUAAAGGAUGCUGAAUUCCAGCUAGAGCUUUUGAUGCAGUCACUAUUCUUCUCUCGGGUACCAACACUUGUUUUCUUGAUCCAGGCAAGUGUAUCUGAUGGAGAAAAUGCCAAGUACUUGACUCGAGUUACUAUAGGGGGGUUGUUUUUGAGGGAUCCAUUUUCACGUCCUCCAUGCACCUUAAUACAACCUUCAAUGCAGGAUGCUUCCGACGAUAUAAUACAUAUCCCAGAGUUUGCUCAGAACUUUCUUUCUCCUAUAUAUCCCCUAGAGUACCAGCAUUGGAAAUUAAAUUGUAGUGUGCCUCUGAUCUCUCUUCACUGUCUCCAGCUUCGACCCUCCCCAAAUCCACCAACUUUUGCUUCCAGGACUGUUGUUGACUGCCAGCCACUCAUGAUUCAUCUUCAGGAAGAAUCCUGUUUCAGGAUAGCAUCAUUUUUGGCUGAUGGAAUUGUAGUUAAUCCCAAUUGUGUACUGCCAGACUUCUCGAUAAAUUCCUUUCUCUUAAACCUUAAAGGUUUAGAUGUUGCCAUUCCACUUCAGAUGGAGAAUCGCACGCAGCUGUCCAAAAGUCGUAGUACAGCACUCCAAGAUUUUUUUUCUGGGGCAAGGCUCCAUAUUCAAGAUUUCAUGUUUUGCGAGGAACCCUCUCUGAAAUUAGGUUUACUCAACCUUGAUAAGGACCCUGUGUGCUUUUGUCUCUGGGAAAACCAACCGGUUGAUGCCAGCCAGAAGAAACUAACUGCGGAAGCUUCUUUGAUUAGUCUGUCGCUGCAGACACAGUCGAGGUCUCAAGUGGAUUCAGGUCUAUGGAAAUGCGUAGAGAUGAAAGGGAUGUGUUUUGAAGUGGCGAUGGUUACUGCAGACGGUAGUCCUCUAAUGAAUGUCCCACCUCCAGGUGGGGUUGUCCGGGUCGGACUUUCUUCUCAGCAAUAUAUAUCCAACACAUCAGUUGAGCAAUUAUUCUUUGUUCUGGAUCUAUAUGCAUAUUUUGGUGCAAUUAGUGAGAGGCUAGCUUUAGUAGGGAAAAACAAAACCUUGAAGGGAGAUAGAAAUGAGUCUUUUAGUGGAAACAUUAUGGACAAAGUUCCUGCUGAUACUGCUGUAACUUUAUUAGUGAAGGAUUUGCAGUUAAGGUUUCUAGAAUCUUCUUCCAACCGUCAAGGAGUUCCCUUAGUCUGUUUUAUGGGCAAUGACCUGUUUAUCAAAGUGGGACAUAGAACUUUCGGUGGUGCAAUGGCAAUUUCAUCCAAUAUACUUUGGGAGAGAGUCGAGGUGGAAUGCACAGACACCGUGAACAACAUCCGAAAUUCGGAGGGGUCAAACUCAACAAUUCCCAACAGUAAAGAAUGUGGUCAGUUACGAGCUGUUUUUUGGGUUCAAAAUAGUAAAAUUUAUCAGUCAAACCGCCAUUCUAUCGUGCCAUUUCUUGAUAUUUCCAUGGUCCACGUCAUCCCAUAUAGUGCGCAGGAUAUUGAAUGCCACAGUUUAAACAUAUCAGCCUGUAUUGCCGGUAUCCGGCUUGGCGGUGGAAUGAAUUAUGCAGAAUCCUUGCUUCAUAGGUUUGGGAUUCUUGGGCCUGAUGGUGGGCCAGGGGAGGGUCUUACCAGAGGAUUAGAGCGUUUAUCUGAUGGACCUUUGUCAAAGCUCUUCAAAGCAUCACCGCUUGUUAUGGAUGGACUUAAAGAGAAUGGGAAUAUGGAAGAUGGAAAGGAGAAAGAGCUAUUGCAUUUGGGUGCACCUGAUGAUGUGGAUGUAUCAGUUGAAUUGAAAGAUUGGUUAUUUGCACUUGAAGGCGCACAAGAGAUGGAAGAUAGAUUCUCUGAAGAUUAUCAAAGAGAAGAGAGGAGCUGGCAUACUACGUUUAGGAGUGUGCAUAUCAAAGCGAAAAGCAGCCCCAAGCAUGCGGCCGGACGAUGGUCGGAGAAGACGAUGGCUGCAGGAAAAGUCACCGAAAUCGCUGCUCAGGAUGAGGUCGCCGAGUUUGUUGCUGCUCGUCUCUGCCAAGAAGAGAGAGAGACGACGGAAAUUUUUGAGGAAGGAGAUGAGGGGCGAUUUGCUGGAGAUGUUGGCAUGGAAGGUUUGCAGAUAUUAAAGCCCAGGCCUCAUCAGGAAUUGUCAAACGGCAUGUCUAAUGAAGGGAUCCUGCAGAAUGGUUUGCCCAGAAGUGGAAAGCAAAUUGUCGAGAGACAUGGUGGGGUCAAUGUAGAAGUUGAUAUCGUGACUUCUGAAGAAGAAGAUGAUGGUGCAACAGUGAAGCUGGUGGUGGAAAAUUUGAGGUUCUCAGUGGAUGAGCCGAUCGAGGCUGUAGUGAAGAAGGAUGAGCUGCAACAUCUAGCUAUGCUGUGUAAGUCGGAGGUUGACUCUGUGGGUAGAAUUGCUGCUGGGGUUUUGCGAAUUCUCAAAUUAGAAGGAUCUGUUGGGACAGCAGCCAUCAGUCAACUAAGUAACUUGGGAAGUGAAAGUUUUGACAAGAUGUUUACACCCGAUAAGCUAAGCAGGGUCAGCAGUCCAUCCCCUUUUGCGGCCGAUCAAAGUGCUGAUGUCACUGAGUCAACAGUGGCUUCUAUUGAAGAGGCAAUUCUUGAUUCACAGACAAAGUGUGCUGCACUAGCCCUUGAAUUGAGUCGCUCGGAUACCUCUCCUCCCGAAUGCCUUGAUAACGUCAGACAGCUAAACGAGAAACUCGAAAAUGUGCAGAAAUUACUCAACCAAUUAAGAACUCAAUUUUGAAGUCUGUUUCUUGUUGUGUUUGUUAGAAGAUUGGCCGAAGCAUUCCAAAUCUAUUGUUUGCCCCUUAUAGUUUUGGCAUUUUUUUUUGUUGUAGAUAGUGCACAUACAAAUAUAGUAUCUUAGUGCACAUACAAAUAUAGUAUACCAACCGUUUGUGAUGUAAAAUAUUCAAGAAAUCAUAGAAUAGUUUUAUGAUGAAAUUUUGAAAUUUAUUAAAUAUCCAUUAUAUCUCGAGUGAGUUAUCGAAAACACUCACUCUUAGACAUGGGUUGAUAUAUAGUUUGUGCUACUUAUAUUUUUGUUGGCUAAAUAACUUUUUGCAGUUGAUGGAAUU